GGGCUUAAAACGUUGCGCCGAAAUUUUUUCCUUCCAGCCAAAGUGCUCUCUCUCUCUCUCUCUCUCUCUCUCUCUCUCUCCAUAGUCCCAGGGUGGUUUCCUACGCUAUUGUAGAAGGGAACUCCGAACCCAAAUUAUAUUUUCCGAAGCUCAUUCCUCCUGCAAAUCCAAGAGUAAUCCGAUUUUGUCAACGUAGAUGGCAUGGGUUUACAGACCUCCGCUUCUGGAAACAGGGGCAAAAUUGUGAAACAUCUAACAGGCUGCCCUUUCCUCAAGUGGACUAUGAAUUGUCCUGAGCUGAAUUAAGGAACAUUGUUUUUAGGCUUUUCCGACGUUUCUGGGAUUUCACAGGGCCAAAAGCCUAGAUGCAAUGAAACAUUCAGCAUAGAUCUUGCAGCCUGAGAAGGCAUAAAUAUGGCCGAACUAGGGAGACAGACGGUCGAGUUCUCAACUGUAGUGCAUCGAGCGGCGGAGGAAUCCUUCCUCUCGCUCAAGGAUUUGGUGGAAAAGUCAACAUCUACAGAGCAGUCAGACUCUGAAAAGAAGAUCAGCCUCCUCAAACACAUACUCAAAACCCGGCAGCGGAUGCUUCGGCUCAAUGUCCUUGCCAAAUGGUGCCAGCAGGUUCCAUUGGUUCAGUACUGUCAACAGCUUGCGUCUACUCUUUCAAGCCAUGAUACAUGUUUCACACAAGCUGCAGAUUCACUGUUUUUCAUGCACGAGGGGCUGCAGCAAGCACGUGCUCCUAGUUACGAUGUUCCAUCUGCUGUUGAGGUUCUGCUAUCAGGAACUUAUACGCGCUUACCAAAAUGUAUAGAAGAUGUGGGAAUGUCUGGCUCCCUAACUGAGGAUCAGCAAAAGCCAGCUUUAAAGAAGUUAGACACAAUUCUGCGAUCUAAAUUGCUCGAAGUUCAAAUCCCCAAAGAAAUUUCUGAAAUCAAAGUUUCUGAUGGUACGGCCCUUCUAUAUGUCGAUGGUGAGUUUAAGGUUCUCCUUACUCUUGGUUAUCGUGGACAUUUAUCACUUUGGAGAAUCCUACACUUGGAACUUCUUGUGGGCGAGAGUAAUGGGCUCGUAAGGCUUGAGGAAUUGCGGAGACAUGCUCUUGGAGAUGAUCUGGAGCGCAGAAUGGCUGCAUCUGACAACCCAUUCAUGAUUUUGUACUCAAUCCUCCAUGAGCUGUGUGUGGCACUUAUUAUGGAUACUGUCAUAAGGCAAGUACUAGUGCUUCGUCAAGGAAGGUGGAAAGAUGCAAUACGUUUUGAGCUCAUAUCUGAUGGCAGCACAGGACAAGGAGGUAAUGUUGGUUCUAUACAGAUGGCUCAAGAUGGGGAGCCUGAUUUGGCCGGUUUGAAAACUCCUGGGGUGAAAAUCAUUUACUGGUUAGAUUUUGACAAAAACACUGGAGGGUCGGAUUCAGUGUCGUGCCCGUUCAUUAAAAUUGAACCUGGAGAAGAUCUGCAGAUAAAGUGUUUUCAUAGUACAUUUGUUAUAGACCCUCAUACUGGCAAGGAGGCAGAGUUUUCCUUUGAACUAAGUUGUAUUGAUGUUGAAAAGUUGCUUCUGAGAGCUAUUUCCUGCCACAGAUACACACGCCUUCUUGAAGUCCAUAGAGAAUUGAGCAAAAAUGGUCAUAUUUGUCAGGCUGCAGGCGAUGUUCUUCUUCAGUGCUAUGCUGAUGAGUUGGAUGCGGACUCCAAAAAGAAAGAUAAGAAGUUCAGUGAUGGGGAAUAUGGUGGGGAUGAAGUAUUGCGUGUGCGGGCUUAUGGAUUAUCAUAUAUAACCCUUGGAAUAAACAUCAGGAAUGGACGUUUUCUUCUCCAAGCUUCCGGAAAUAUUCUCAUGCCAUCUGCCGUGUUAGAUUGUGAAGAAGCUCUAAACCAGGGUAGCAUGGCUGCGGCAGAAGUAUUUAUUGACUUGAGAGGCAGAAGUGUUUUACACCUAUAUGCAUCAAUUGGCAGGUUUUUAGGCCUUAAGGUGUAUGAACAAGGUUUAGCUGCAGUUAAAAUACCGAAGACCAUCUUGAGUGGGUCAGGUUCAUUGCUGAUGGGGUUCCCACAGUGUGGUAUCUCUUAUUUUCUUCUGAUGCAACUUGAUAAGGACUUCAAACUGCUUUUUAAACUGCUUGAGACGCAGCCAGAUCAAUCUGGAAGAUCCCAUACCUGUGACUCCAAUCAUGUUAUACGCUUCAACAAGAUUGACAUCGGUCACUUGCAUAUACUAGAGGAUGAAAUGAACUUAAGUCUUCUUGAUUGGGAACAAGUACUUUCUUCAUUGCCUAAUGCUGUAGGCUCCAAUCAGACUGCUGAGCAUGGCCUUCUUUCUGAGUUUGGUCUAGAUGCUUCUGCAGAGUUUGGUGGAUGCCCUCUUGAGUCAAGUUUUUCAUCAGUGGUUAAUGAAGUGUUUGAGUUUGAGAAAGGGACAUCAAUACCUCCUUAUCCUGUUUAUACUCGUCAUUCUGUAUCAUUUAAUUCAUCUCCUGCUUCUAAUUUUAGCUCUAUUCCAGUGUCCAAUCUAGGCAUAAAACCUGGAAUUUCCUCUCCUAAGUGGGAAGGAGGUUUGCAACAUCCUCAGAUUAAUAAUGUUUCAAAAUCUUCUUCUGUUGGUCCCCAUUUUAAUAGUUCCAUGUAUCCAUCAAACAAUAUGAAGGGCGUAAUACAAUCCAAUAGUCCAGUAAGAAGCCCAUCGAUAAAAAAACUGUCAUCUGCAAAAUCUGAACAGGAUUUGACUUCUCUUGGAUCUUCACAAUCAGUGGAAGCCAGCCCUUCUUCUGCUAUGGAUGAAGGUCAGGUGAGGCUUCUGAAUGAGUCUUCGAAGGAGGCAGUUUCUGGUAGCCGCUCAUCACGAAUGUUAUCUCUGUUAGGACCAACUGGCUCUCAAGCGACUGCAAUCAUGAAGCUAAAUGGGGUUAGAAGCUUACCUAACCUUGCCGCAUCUUCUAGAGCUGCUAGAUCGAGCUCGUGGAAUACCACCCCCGUAUGCGACACACCAGAAUCUGGGACUUGUCAUAACACUAGUCUUGAUGUCCCACCUAAAAAUGAGAAAAACCGAAGAAAGCGUUCAGUUUCCGAUAUAUUGAAGUUCAUUCCCUCACUUCAAGGGGUAGUAGACACUUCACCAUUUUGUAAGAGGAUGAAAAUCUCAGAAUCAGAUUCUAGGCAUCCUCCUGCAUCACAAGCACACAGAUCAUCAGAAUUGAUGAGUAAACCUGAGGGGUUUACAUAUGGGAAUCUUAUAGCUGAAGCAAAUAAGGGGAGCGCACCUUCUAACAUAUAUGUUACAUCUCUUCUUCAUGUGGUCAGGCAUUGCUCUCUCUGCAUCAAGCAUGCUCGACUUACUAGUCAGAUGGAUGCUCUUGACAUUCCAUAUGUUGAAGAGGCGGGUCUGCGAACUCCAUCCUCAAACUUGUGGUUCAGACUACCUUUUGCCAGAGAAGAUUCAUGGCAACACAUUUGCUUGCGACUUGGAAGACCUGGAAGCUUGUAUUGGGAUGUCAAGAUAAAUGAUCAACACUUUAGGGACUUGUGGGAACUUCAAAAGGGAAGUAUGAAUACGGCAUGGGGUUCUGGUGUUUGUAUGGCCAAUACAACCGAUAUGGAUUCCCAUAUUUGCUAUGAUUCGGAGGGUGUUAUCCUAAGUUAUAGGUCUGUUGAGGAUGAUAGCAUUAAAAAAUUAGUUGCUGAUUUACAAAGACUUUCUAAUGCUCGUUUGUUUGCUCUUGGAAUGCGGAGACUGCUUGGAGUAAGAGCAGAUGAUAAGCUGGAGGAAAUCAAUGCAAACUUCGACAACAUAACAUCUUCUAUAGCCAAAGAUACUGCUGACAUUACUGAUAAGAUAUCAGAACAGAUGAGGAGGCAAUUUAGGAUAGAAGCUGUUGGUCUUAUGAGUUUGUGGUUUAGUUUUGUUUCUGGGGUGGUGGCACGCUUUGUUGUUGAGUGGGAAUCAGGAAAAGAUGGAUGCACAAUGCAUGUUUCUCCAGAACAGCUUUGGCCACAUACAAAGUUUCUGGAGGAUUUUAUUAAUGGAGCUGAGGUGGCAUCCCUUUUGGACUGCAUUCGGCUGACUGCAGGGCCAUUAUUUUCUCUAGCAGCUGCAACUCGACCUGCACGGGCUGGUCCUGCUUCUGGUGCCCCUGGUGUAACUUCUGCACCCCCUGCUAUCCCUAGGCAGAAUGGUUUUGUACCAAAUCAGGGAGUGAUGCCAAGCAGUUCAUCUCUAAAUGUUACUCAGGCUGCAUCUGUUCCAGUCGGGAAUCCCGUUACAAGUACAGUUGUUGGUCCUCUUGGGAGUCACAACCUUCAUGCAACCACGAUGUUAGCUGCUGCUGGGAGAGGUGGCCCAGGAAUCGUUCCUAGCUCACUGUUGCCCAUUGAUGUCUCUGUUGUACUCCGUGGUCCCUACUGGAUACGCAUAAUCUAUCGUAAACACUUUGCAGUUGACAUGCGCUGUUUUGCUGGCGAUCAGGUUUGGCUACAGCCGGCAACACCACCAAAGGGUGGGCCCGAGGUUGGGGGUUCUUUGCCAUGUCCACAGUUUCGGCCUUUCAUUAUGGAGCACGUAGCUCAGGAAUUGAAUGGGUUAGAACCUAAUUUCUCUGCCAAUCAACAGACAGUUGGAAUUACAAACUCUAGCAUUCCAAACCAAAGUUCAGGUUCCCAUCUUUCAGCAACCAACGGAAGCCGGGUUAAUAUUACCGGUUCUGGUGUAAUAUCUAGAUCAACUCCAAUGGCUGGAAAUCAGGCACCUGGUAUAACCCGCGUAGGCAAUGCUCUUUUGGCGUCCCAAAAUUUAGCAUCUGUUGGCUCAGGAUUACCUUUACGUAGAUCACCUGUCACUAGCGUCCCUAUUCAUAUGAGAGGAGAAUUUAACACAGCUUUCAUUGGGCUUGGGGAUGAUGGAGGGUAUGGUGGUGGAUGGGUUCCCUUAGUUGCUCUUAAAAAGGUUUUAAGAGGCAUUCUCAAGUACCUUGGAGUACUAUGGCUCUUUGCACAGUUACCUGCUCUUUUGAGGGAGAUCCUGGGGUCAAUUCUAAAAGAGAAUGAAGGGGCACUUUUAAAUUUGGACCAGGAACAGCCAGCCUUGCGCUUCUUUGUGGGGGGGUAUGUAUUUGCAGUAAGUGUCCACAGAGUACAACUUCUUCUGCAAGUCUUGAGUGUGAAACGUUUUCAUCAUCAACAACAGCAGCAGCAAAGCCAAGCCAAUGCUCAAGAGGAACUAGCCCCCACUGAAAUAUCUGAGAUAUGUGAUUACUUCAGUCGCCGUGUUGCUUCAGAACCCUAUGAUGCAUCUCGAGUUGCAUCCUUCAUCACCCUUUUAACUUUACCCAUUUCAAUUCUCCGGGAAUUCUUGAAACUGAUUGCUUGGAAAAAAGGAUUAGCACAGGCUCAGGGUGGAGAUGUUGCCCCUGCACAGAAGCCUCGCAUUGAAUUGUGUCUUGAGAAUCAUUCUGGAUCAUCCAUAGACGAGAACAAUGAGAUUUCUUCAGUAGCAAAAAGCAACAUACAUUAUGACCGACUUCAUAAUUCUGUUGAUUUUGGGCUCACAGUGGUUCUUGAUUCUGCUCACAUACCCCACAUAAAUGCUGCUGGUGGGGCUGCUUGGUUGCCUUAUUGUGUUUCUGUGAGAUUGAGAUUUUCAUUUGGGGAGAAUCCCCAUGUAUCUUUUCAGGGAAUGGAGGGGAGCCAUGGAGGCCGUGCUUGCUGGUUGCAAAGGGAAGACUGGGAGAGGUGCAAACAGAAGGUGGCUCGAACAGUGGAGAUGAGUGGAAAUUCUGCAGGAGAUUCUACUCAAGGAAGGUUGAGAGGAGUUGCAGAUAGCGCACAAAGAAUACUUCAAUUGUGCCUUCAAGGGAUGAGGGAUGGCAGUGGUGUAACAGCAAAUUCUGGUGCGACAUAACUGUUUUUUCAUCUCAGAAUGAGUACCCAAAGGAAUUAGGGCAAACCAACAUUCCUUUUUUGUGCAAUGGCAUCUCAUAGAUGACACUGGCUUUGGGCUGCUUGCUUCACUGAAGUGUGUCAGAUGAAACCACGUUGAUUGGGCCAAUGAGCCUUUGAGUGGAUGGUAUCAUCUUCCUAUGGAUUAACACUCUGCUGCAAGUUGCCCCUUGGGCUUCCGCAAUGUUUUUGCAGAAGUUUCUUCAUUGUGGAGAAUGAGGAGAAUUGCAUGGUAAUGGAUGACUAUAUCGGUGUUGAGGACCAUGAGGUUGCUGGACGGUGGACUGUUUCUUCCCCUUCCCCCUCCCCCGCUCUUUUUUUUUCUGUAGCUGAUUUAGAAGGUCAAAGGAGCAGGGUGUACGAUAACUACUUACAAGGAGGUUUCUCUCUCUUUUUAUUUUAAUUCAGAAUUUGAUUGGGUUUACGCCUUUUGUACAGAUGAUACCCAUUGGGUCUGUAAACAGAGGGAAGAAUCAAAUAUGCAACGGUUGUCUUGUGCAGUGUUUUCGCCACUGGGAACCAUUGAAGUAAUGUAGCCACAAGGUCCCAGCAUAAUUUGAAAAGUAAAACCCUUUUCUGUAAAUUCUAUUUUGAUGGCUGUUACUGAUUGUUCCCAAAAUGAUUAAUUUCGUAUUGAAAGAAAUUAUGGAAUUAUGGAUACGUAAGUGGAAUGAAACUAUAAUACGAGUGAAGGCACCUCCAAGGCUCCAACCAUCGGAUGGAUAAGACAUGUUCUGAACUUCCCACGUCAAGUUUCAGAUGCAAAAUCCAAAUGGGUCUACUUGUUCACAAAGUCUAGCUCGUUCAACCUGUACAGCAGAAGCUUUGAACUGAGUAGGUAAGCCUCUCCUGGUGGCCUGAAAAGAUGCCCUUUGCCACAAACUUGAAACUUGUUAUGUCUCUCUUUUUUGGAAGAUUCCUGGUUUGUGCAAAUCAUGAUUACUUGUUUGCACAUUUAGUCAUGCUUUGUGGAAUGGGUGAUGUGACAAUUCUAGCUAUUGAAUAUAUACGAAAUGUUUUAGAGUAGUCAUGUGUCAUAUCCGAGUUUUAAAACUAAUCAUGUAUCCUCUUGUGCGAGUCCAUGCGCCCUUUUCACAUUCUUGAAUUUUUAAA